UUGACAACCUGGGACAAGCCUCUGAAGCCGGAGACCAUCACACCCCGAGUCUUCCUCUAUCUCCCCACUGAGCUGAGCCCCCGACCAAGGUCCUGUCCUCACGGGGAAGAAAAUGCCGCAUACACGGGCACUGAUGUCAAAAAGUUGAAAUACAUAGAUGUACACGGCAAAAUGCAAUGUGGCAGCUGUGUGGCUUCUCUUCAAGGUCAGUAUCACAGCAGCGCCGUCUCACGGACGAGUUUCUUGGGCUGUCGGAGGGGAAGAAGAGGCGUAGAGGGGAUGCCGCUGUGUCUUGCUUGCCUCCAGCAUCAACAAUGACAUCUUUCACCGACGACGACAUUGAUCGUCACUGACACAGAAACCGAGAAACUCGUGAAACACGGCUGUAAUAACACGACCAGGAUAGGUUCGACUUUUACAGCAUUAUUAUCUGUACUGUUGUAAAAAAGAAACUCUUUACAUCAUCUUGGCAUUUCCUGCACUCUUACUACGGCCUGUGUCAGUACGACUGUUUACCUGGCUACGAGCAACAACGCUGAAGACAAGCUAGCUAACGUUAAUGGACAGAAUGGGUUUUCGGUUCGGUUUAAGCUAGUCGAACUGACCGUUAAAGUGAAUUAGAAUGUUCGACGGUUGAAGAGUUGGUUAACUAACCUAACGUUACGAAGUUCUGCCUCCGCUGUAUCCAACUUCUUCAACUUCCUUGGUUUUCAAGCGGACUUUUACCGAGUAAUAUUUUUUUUGUCGCUUUUAUUUUAUUUUAUUUUUUAACAAAAUGCCUUCGAGGACAGGUUCGCUCAGCCCGGCUGGCUUCGUGAAGAGUGUACCGGAGCGGGGACUGCUCCUACUGAUGGUUUUGGUGCUCCUGGAGGGCACCGUGCUUACUCUCGGAGCUGCCAGCUCUCCGGAUAUCAGCCCGCAGGAAAAGUCAGACAACCAUAAAAAGGCGGACGAAGGACAUAACUUCACUAAAAAGGCUUUUCCUGUGCUCAGCCUCGACUACCAUCACAUACAGACGCCCUUCGAAAUCUCAUUAUGGGUGCUCCUUGCUUCUUUAAUGAAAUUAGGGUUCCACCUGAUUCCUCGUCUGUCCGGCAUUGUGCCAGAAAGCUGCCUGUUGAUUGUGGUGGGUCUGCUGGUGGGGGGGCUCAUCAAACUAGCCGGAGAGAAAGUCCCACCAGUGCUGGACUCAAGAUUGUUCUUCCUCUGCCUGCUGCCCCCCAUCAUCCUGGAUGCUGGCUACUUCCUGCCCAUCCGUCCUUUCAUGGAAAACCUGGGUACGAUCCUGAUGUUUGCUGUUGUGGGGACUUUGUGGAAUGCCUUCUUCGUCGGGGGCCUGCUGUAUGCUGUGUGUCAGAUCCAGCCCGCCAACCCAUCAAACCUCCACACACUAGAGCUUCUGCCUUGCCUGCUGUUUGGAUCCAUCAUCUCGGCUGUGGAUCCUGUCGCUGUGCUUGCUGUGUUUGAGGAGAUCCACAUCAAUGAACUUUUGCACAUCCUGGUGUUUGGUGAAUCACUGCUCAACGAUGCCGUCACUGUGGUGCUAUACCACCUUUUUGAGGAGUAUGCGGGAGUUGGCACAGUGACAGUGAUGGACGGCUUCCUUGGAGUCAUCUCCUUCCUGGUGGUUGCGUUGGGUGGCGUUCUAGUGGGAGCCAUCUAUGGUAUCCUGUCUGCCUUCACAUCACGCUUCACCUCCCACACGCGUGUCAUCGAGCCACUUUUUGUCUUUGUGUACAGCUACAUGGCCUACCUGUCAGCUGAGAUGUUCCACCUCUCUGGCAUCAUGGCGUUAAUAGCAUGUGGAGCAGUGAUGCGGCCCUAUGUGGAGGCCAAUAUAUCCCACAAGUCCCACACCACCAUCAAGUACUUCCUGAAAAUGUGGAGCAGCGUCAGUGAGACACUGAUUUUCAUAUUUCUGGGCGUAGCCACGGUGGACGGACCUCAUUCUUGGAACUGGACCUUCGUCACUGUCACUGUCAUUCUGUGUCUGGUGGCACGGGUCAUAGGUGUGGUUGGCCUGACUUACGUCAUCAACAAGUUCCGCAUUGUCAAGCUGACCUCCAAGGACCAGUUCAUUGUGGCUUAUGGCGGCCUGCGAGGUGCCAUCGCCUUCUCCCUUGGCUUCCUGCUGGACGAGAAACACUUUCCCAUGAGGAACAUGUUCCUCACUGCCAUCAUCACUGUUAUCUUCUUCACAGUCUUUGUUCAGGGUAUGACCAUCAAGCCCCUGGUGGAGUUGCUAGCAGUGAAGAAGAAACAGGAAGCCAAGCGCUCCAUUAAUGAGGAAAUCCACACCCAGUUCCUCGACCACCUGUUGACUGGAAUCGAGGACAUCUGUGGACACUAUGGACACCACCACUGGAAGGACAAACUGAACCGCUUCAACAAGAAGUAUGUGAAGAAGUGCCUAAUUGCGGGCGAACGCUCCAAGGAGCCACAGCUCAUCGCCUUCUAUCACAAGAUGGAGAUGAAACAGGCCAUUGAGCUGGUGGAGAGUGGAGGGGGAGUCAAGCUGCCCUCUGCUGUGCCUUCCACCGUUUCCAUGCAGAACAUCCAGCCCAAGAAGAUUCCUCCUGCCAAGUCCGUAGAGAGAGCUCUGCCGCAGCUGCCUAAAGGCAGAGAGGAGGAGAUCAGGAAGAUCCUCAGGAGUAACCUUCAGAAGACACGACAGAGGCUGCGCUCCUACAACAGACACACUCUGGUGGCUGAUCCAUAUGAGGAUGGAUUUAGUGACCUACUUCUUAAGAAGCAAAAGAUGGUUGAGCUGGAGAAGAAGAUAAAAGAGAUGAAUAACUACCUGACCGUGCCUGCUGCACCUCCUGACUCCCCGACCAUGUGUAGAGCCAGACUGGCCUCAGAUCCCCAAGCCUACAGUGUGAAGCAGGUGUCUGACAGCGUGCCGACCAUCCAGGUAGACCUGGCCUCUCCUCAGUCUCCAGACUCCGUCAACGUAAUGGAUGAAUUUAGACGGGCCAACCAAGAGGAGGAGGACCGGGGCCUGAUGAUGAGGCCUCCCCAAGGGCUGAGUGGACCUCACAAGUCAGGUGAUGCUGACGGAGGCAGAGAUCAGCAGAAGCUGAUGAGGUGUCUCAGUGACCCCGGUCCCAGUGCAGACGAGGAUGAGGAUGAACCCUUCCUGCCUUAGUAUGGCAGAUCAGGCUGCUCGCCCACCUUUACUGGUUAGAGGAGAGAGGGCUGCUUCACUUCUCUGUUUUAAAUUAUCGCUUUGGUUCAACCAAACAAGCCAAAACUGCUCAUGCUGUACAAACCAGAAACUAAAAGCAAAAGGAGGUUGCCCGAGAAGAAGAAAAAAAGAGUCAUUCGUUUGUUAUUGUCAUUGCUCUUUAUUUUUUCAGACAGGAUUGGAACAGCAGUCGCUGCUCUCUGAGAGAUGGUGGAGUUUAUGAUCGAUAGUCUGAGACAUUCAGGAAAGAACUAUGCAUUACCAAAGGUCUGGACUGAUGUAGUGUCAGACAAUAUUGUUUUUACUUUAGUGUCAGACUGUUUUUCUCUCUCUAUAGGUAGUAAUUUUAUUUUUGUUCAUGAUUUUAUAACUUUUUUUCUUUCAAGCUACAUUCUCUAAAACAUGCUGGUCUUCUAGUCCUAAAUGUAAUCAACAAAGCAAAACUACAUCAGUCCAGUUUUCACUGUCGACAUAGCACUUGAGUUCUUUCAUUCUCUCACUUGAAAUAGCUGGAUAUCAAACAGUUAGUGUAGCUAGUUGAAAAUAUUUUUUGCCUUAUUUCAUGUCAGAUCCUUUUUUUUUUUUUUUUUUAAAGCAUUUUAAUUUCAGGGGUACUAACAUCUGUUUGUAAUCAGAGUUUGUUCCAGCAGUCGUGGGAUGUAAGUAAAAGCUGGAUGUAUUUAGUCACUGUGCAAACCACAGCGUAAAAGAACCACAGUUCUUUAUAGUCAUGCUUACAGACCUGCGGCUUUGUCGUAUGGCCGUGGAGGGAAUUAAUGUGGACUUGAAAAAAUCCUCACUAUUGUAUAAAGUAGUUCUGACUUACAGAUGUGGAGCGAAGCUGAGUGUUUGGGAAGCUUGUGAGACAGGCAGUGAUGCAGCACAGAUGUGUUGAUGUCAGCCUUCAUGCUUGAUUCCCUAUCGAAGUCUGCUGUAGUUAAAUCACACUCAAUGUUGUCAUGUCAUGUUUCUAUGUACAUGUUUUAUAUUUUACCUCAGUUUAGAUCACUCACUCAAUUAGUCGUGGAGUCGUAAGAGUAGAUUUCACUCUUAAUAUUGAUGUAAUGAGCCAUCUAACACUCAUCACCUUCACACUGACUGAAGUAUAUCAGAUCUAAUUGCUCACUCUGUUUUACAUGCCAUUUUACAUUCUUCAGUUUUUUUAUUGGCCUUUGCAAGAAGCAUUUGUGUCCUACUUUACUUUUGACCAUCUUAGAGGACAUGACAAGUGAAGGUUAGUUUGUACAGGAAUCCAUCCACGCAUCCUAACCUUCUUGAAAUCUAAGACUGUAGGCAAAAGAGAAAUGUAAUUCUAUGCAUUAUAGAUGUGUAAAUUAUGUAAAUUAAAUAUAAUAACCUAUAUUUAUGAACACCCUUUAAAACAGAAGUCUUGUAAUCUUAUAAACAUGCAAAACACAGAGAAAAACCAAUGCUAAAGUCAAAGCAAAUCAAAUAUGGGCAUUAAGACAAACGAUCAUAAAAAGAAAACAUUUCAUGAGAGUUUUUGCACAUCUGAGCAAGACUGAAAAGUUAUCUGCAGGCAUGAAAACGUAGUCUAGUGUUUUGUUGACACAGUCAGCCCUUCUCUACUGUACGUAGUUGUACAGUGUGUAUGAUACCCAGUGUAAAAUACAUUGCAUGUCUUUUUUACACAGCUGCUCAGUGAAUUGUAACAUGUCAUAAAUUUACAAUGAAGUUCUUGAUUGUGUCAGAAACAUGCACCAUUUUGUUUCUUCUACAGUCAGAACAGAAAAGUGCCACAGCCAAUAACAAUUAGAUUUUAAACCCACAAGUAUUUCUUUCACCCAGGUCUAUUAUCACUUGAUACUACAAAAAGAGUGUAGUUUCUCCAUAGAGACCAAGAGCAAACUUUGGCUUUGGAUGAAGCCUGAGUGAGUCACUGUUCUACUUUUCUUGCUGUUUUGUAGGUGUUAGUGACCAUUGAUCCUUCCUGAUCCUCUUAUUUGCAGAAGGUUCAAAUUACAGCAGAGGGGAGAGAGCAGAAGAACCUGACAGGCUUCUUCAUUUUCCCCAACUCUUCUUUUUUUUAAGCAUCUUUAAUGUUCUGCUAUGAUUUCCGUAUCAAGGGUAACAGGAUAUUUUGUCUGUGCACACACGCACUCAUGUAAACCUAGGUGAAUGUACUAGAAAAUCUGAGCCUACCUGCACCGUAGCCGAGCGUGUUUGGUUCAUUCCUUGCCCCUGACACUUCUCCCGCUUCACAGUUUCUAAAAGGAUAAUUGCAGCUGAGAGAUGGGAGGGUCAAACCUUAAAGCAUCUGUCUCAUCCAAAUUGAAUUUCCCUUCGGAAAUGUCUGAGUGCACGACGGAGUGUCGGAGUGGAGUGCUGUGCUGAAAAUGUCAACAAGGACAAGGUCAAAGACACGAGGGUUGUUAAAAACCCUGGAAUGACUAGGCAAGUGACAGGUGGUACCUUCUCCCCAUCCUCAGAUCUUCCUUUUAUCGUUGUUUAAAGGACAGUGACAUUUAUGUGCAGCAUCACAUUUAUGAGGUGUGUAAACUCUAGCUGCAUAAUCCCCGAGAACUGUUUCUCUCCAUCUGUGAAUGGAAGCUUUACACGAUGCUGCUGGGACAACUUCUAUAUCAUCGUCCCACGUGCUACAUGAUUUGGCCUCCGCACUUUUAAGUAGGUUUUAGGAAGGUUGCAGUGAGUAAAGCAUUUGUAAACGUAGUCCCACUGGUGAAUAUGUGUAACCGUGUGAAUACAAAACAAGGUAAUUCUCUGAGAGAAUAGGUUUAUUCUACAAGGGCGUUGUAUUUUUCAUAUCGAUGGACACAUGAGUAACAUAAUUUGGGGAUGUGAUCAAAUAGAGGGAAAUCAAAAACCUCAAACAACCAAUUUAAAUCAAAACAAUCCUUAAAACAAGACAUCAUAUCCCUGAUUACAUCAUUUUAUUCCAAAGACUUUUAGUUUCUCAAAAAGAAAAAAAAACGACUAUUUUCAUACUUCUUUUUUUUUUUAUACCAAAUGCAUCUUUUUUGGGCAAACAUUCUCACACUCCUCGGAGGGAAAUGUUUGGUGCAGAAAACUUUAAUCUAAAGCCAUACAGCCUAUAGAAGAACCUAUUUUAUUCUAUUCAUGUAUUAAAAUUUCAUACACAUCAUUUUGCCUUUGUUUUGCUCAACGCACAGAGCAAACACAAGCCUUUACAUUUAAAUCACUUGUGUCUUCUUUGCUUAUUUAUGUUUAUGUUCUCUGUUUAAACUUUUUCUGCAGCGGUGAAUUGUUUUAAGUCGUGGCAGUUGUUCUCAUUGAAUGUGUUGAACUGAAUUACAAUGUCAACACUGUUGCCUCACCAGCAUUCACUUCAGCUUUGUGAUGCUUUGUUCUUUGCAUCUCUCUGUGCUUUAAAAAUGCUCCAUGUGCUUUACUGUUCAACUGCUUUAUUGUACAAAGACCUUUUUUUUGGCUUUACAGGGAUAUGAGUCCCUUUUUUAUUAUGAGUAUUUUAUCAGGAUUCAUGUGCAUCACAAGGCUUCACUGUUAUUCUUUCCCAUCUCAUGUUUACCUAAAACAGCUCUCCGGGAGCAUUUGUCAUCCAAACUUUAUACUGUGGAGGCUCUGGCUUCACUUAGUAGAAAUAAGCUGAAUUUACAACUAUAAACUGUAAUCAGUACAGCUUAAAAGCCUUAUGCUCAAAUUCAGUGCUCCUAAAUUUAGAUUGUGGGAAAAGUAAAGUGAAGGCAUCGAUUACAAUCAGCCAUACAAGCGGGUAAAUAACUCUUUAGCUUAAGGACACAUUGGUGUUUUUGCAUGUGUUUGAUUUGUAUUUUAGUUGUGUUUUUCCCUGCAAUCCAAGCAGCCAUUAGUUUCCAUUCAUUCCCUACAAUGUAACACAUCCCUGUAAAGACUUUAAACUUGCUUCAGAUCCAUCAUCGUGAACAUCAGCUAUUAUGUCAGGUACAUUUAUGUUGUGUAAUUACAGUGCAUUUUCAUGUAAUCAACUUAGACCUGCAGUGCCAUGCAACAGUUAAAUAAAUAUAUACUAAUGGCUGUCUCAGAGGUAAAAAAAAAAAAAAAA